GGAAAUGAUGGAGUGUAUUUGGAGAAGUACGUUCAAAAUCCGAGGCACAUUGAGUUCCAGGUUCUUGCGGAUAAAUAUGGCAAUGUUGUUCACUUUGGAGAGCGUGAUUGCAGCAUCCAGAGACGGAAUCAAAAGCUGCUGGAAGAAGCACCCUCUCCUGCAUUGACCCCUGAGUUGCGGAAGGCCAUGGGUGAUGCAGCAGUUGCAGCAGCAGCAUCUAUAGGUUAUAUUGGUGUUGGAACAGUUGAGUUUCUUUUGGAUGAAAGAGGUUCCUUCUACUUUAUGGAAAUGAACACCCGGAUCCAGGUUGAGCAUCCUGUGACAGAAAUGAUCUCCUCUGUGGACUUGAUUGAGGAACAAAUUCUUGUAGCUAUGGGAGAAAAACUCCGGUACAAACAGGAAGAUAUUGUGCUUAGAGGACAUUCAAUUGAAUGCCGAAUCAACGCAGAAGAUGCCUUCAAAGGAUUUCGACCUGGACCAGGGAGAAUAACUGCAUAUUUGCCAUCUGGAGGUCCGUUUGUUAGAAUGGAUAGCCAUGUUUAUCCUGACUAUGUGGUUCCUCCGAGCUAUGAUUCCCUUCUUGGAAAGCUUAUUGUAUGGGCUCCAACAAGAGAAAAGGCAAUUGCACGCAUGAAAAGGGCUCUUGAAGACACUAUUAUUACAGGGGUCCCUACGACCAUUGAAUACCAUAAACUUAUCCUGGAUGUAGAGGAUUUCAGAAAUGGCAAGGUUGAUACUGCUUUUAUCCCAAAGCAUGAACAGGAAUUACAAGCGCCCCAGAAACUGGUGCCAUCGACCCUAGGCAAAGAACUAGCAACAUCAGCUGCUUAGAUGGAUCUCUUGCUUCUGAGUUCCAGUAAAGCCAAACUUUAGACAACCAAAAUGGUUACUAUUACUUGUGUUUGAAGAAGGUGCAUGGACUGCUGUCAUGAGGCUGCAGAAAGCUAAUUCAAGAUGUUAAAUUGUUUCCAUUAGGCCUCCAUUCUGCAGACAUUCUUUUUGCUGUUGUUUUUGUUUUUUGUUAUGUUAUGGUACUGAUAUUCUUGAAAUGUAUUCUAUUUGCUCGGUAGAUCGUGUGUGGUACCAAAUAAAGCAAAUUUUGGUUUU